CUUCUAAAUAACCACACAUUUAAAACUAUUAUAUAAAAAAAAUAUAAAAUUAUUUAAAAUUACAUCAUUUUGAUUAAUUCACAUUUUAAAAUAUUAAUUAAAAAGUAUAAAAAGUACGGAUCCAUUUCCGAUAUAAAAAAAGAGAAAAUUUUUUCUAACCUAAAAACAAACUUAUCCAAAAUGGCAUCUUCAAAAUUUUUCUUAGUUUUCUUAGUUACUUUAAUAUUUUUUAUUAAUGUCGAAGAAAGUUUUAGUAUUCCAUUAAUUGGUGGAUUACACAAACGAUUUGAUUCCAUUACAAGCGUUGAUUUUAUCCAAAUAUGUUUAAAUAAUUGUGCACAAUGUAAAAAAAUGUUUGGUGAUUAUUUUCAAGGACAAACUUGCGCUGAAUCAUGUUUAAAAUUCAAAGGAAAAUCUAUACCAGAUUGUGAAGAUAUCGGCUCAAUUGCACCAUUUUUAAAUACUUUUGAAUAAAAUAACGAAAAAGAUAAUAUAAUAAUCAAGAGCUAUGAAAAAAUGAAUUAUAUAAAAUAACCUUAAUCAACCCACCAAUUAUUUUCAAUAAAUUAAUAUAUAAAAUAUAUACCUAUGUACAUAUAUGCACAUACCUACUUAUUAUUAUUACAAUUUUGUUAUGCACAUGAACCUGACUCUCAGAUAUGUGCCUAAGAACAUUUUGAAUGAAAUGUUUUAAAUGAAAAGAUUAAAAAAUUCACAAUGUUAUUUAUUAAUAUAAAAAAUUGUUAAAAUAAGUAAUUAUAUUAUUGGUUUUGAAAUUUAUAUAUUAAUUUAUGUUCUAGGCCUAUGUUAUAAACAAAGCCUAUGUUUUACCGUAUAGCCAAAUUUAUUCCGGAAUUAUGUACAUAUGUAUUUUAGCAUUUUUCAUCUUAAGAAUUAAAAAUUUUAUUUACUGUGAUUUUUUUUAAAUAUCAUUUUUUGAUUAUGCAAAAACAUGUCAUUUGCGGAAUUAUGCAAUGAUUCAAGC